AUGGCUCCCAAGUACGAAGCGGUCCGCACCGACGGUGCACCCCUCCCGCUGCCGCAGUUCUCUCAGGCCGUCAAGUACAAUGGCAUGGUGUACUGCUCCGGCAACAUUGGCGCAGUCCCCGGCAAGGCUUUUGAACUUGUGGAGGGCACCGUAAAGGAUCGAGCGAGACAAGCGCUUCGCAACAUCUCGGCCGUGCUGGAAGCCGCGGGCAGCCGCCUCGAGAACAUUGUCAAGCUCAACAUCUACAUCACGAGCAUGAAGGACUUUGCUCUUGUCAACGAGGCGUACGACGAGUUCUUUACCUGGGACCCCAAGCCGGCGAGGACGUGUGUGGCUGUCCAUGAGCUGCCGCUGGGAACCGACGUUGAGAUUGAGUGCACGGCGCACCUGGACCAGACGGCUCGCUUGUAG